CUAAUGAGCCGCAGUCAUGGAAUCACGCAGCGUGCUUCACACUCAGCUGUUUUCAGCUAUUCAGCUCCACUGUGAAUGCAACUGGAGUGGGCUUGUGCCUUUCCAGCUUUUCAGAUGCCCGAAGAUGCUGCUGCUACUGCUGCUCUUCAUCCUUUUGGCCGCCACGCUGCUGGUUUGGAAACGGCAGGGCAAUCACUGGCGUCGCCUGGGACUGGAGGCACCGUUUGGCUGGCCAUUGGUGGGUAAUAUGCUGGACUUUGCCCUGGCACGACGCUCCUAUGGCGAGGUUUACCAGGAGAUCUACACUCAGAAUUCGGGACUGAGAUAUGUGUGCUUCUAUCGCCUGUUCAACGAGCCCGCCAUUCUGGUGCGCGACCAGGAGCUGCUGCGCCACAUCCUGGUGGGCAGCAACUUUGCCAACUGUGCGGACAACGCCGUCUACGUGGACCACCAGCGUGAUGUCCUGGCCAGCCACAAUCCCUUCAUCGCCAACGGGAAUCGCUGGCGACUCCUGAGAGCCGACCUGGUGCCACUCUUCACACCCAGUCGAAUGCGCCAGACCUUGCCGCAUGUGGCCCAAGCUUGUCAGUUGCUCCGGGAUCAGGUGCCCCUGGGAAGGUUCGAGGCCAAGGAUUUGGCCACGCGCUAUACGCUGCAAGUGGUGGCCUCUGCGAUCUUUGGGCUGGAUGCCCACUGCCUGGGCAGUCGAGAAAAGGUGGCUUCACCAAGUCGCUGGCUGGAGUGGCUGGCACCGCUCUUUCAGCCAAGUGCCUGGAGUUUGCUGGAGACCAUGUCACUGCUGCACUCGUCCCGCUUGGGACGCCUAAUUGGCCACAGAUACGUACCCCUGCCGCUGCAGCAUUGGUUCAGGGAGUUGGUGGCAGCAAGAAGUGGCGGCGACAACCUGCUCCAAUGGCUGGCGGAGAGCAAGAGGGGCUUGGAAAUGGAGGAGCUGGCUGGACAUGCCACCACUCUCCUGCUAGAGGGCUACGAGACCUCGGCAAUGCUACUGGCAUUCGUCCUCUACGAAUUGGCCCUCAAUGAGGAGGCCCAGCAACGUCUGCACUUCGAAUUGGAUGCAGUGGCUCAGCGCCACGCUGGCAAUCUGCUGGACCAAGUGGCUCUGGGUGAGCUGCGCUAUGCUGAAGCUGCGCUCUUGGAGGCACUGCGUCUACACCCGGCCAUGCAGGCUCUGCAGAAGCGCUGCACCAAGUCAUUCACGCUUCCUGCCCAGAAAUCAGGAGCAGGAGAACUCAAGGUGCAUGUGGGCACUGUGCUGGUGCUGCCCGUUCAGGCCAUUCAUCUAGAUUCCGAAUUGUAUCCGGCACCCAAGGAGUUUCGUCCAGAUCGCUUUCUGCAUCAGCCACCACCAGUGGGCUGUCGGUUUUUGGGCUUCGGUGCCGGACCACGAAUGUGUCCGGGAAUGCGACUUGGGCUGCUCCAGACGAAGGCUGCCCUGGCCACACUGCUGCAGGAUCACUGCGUCCUGCUGGCGGAUGAGGGGCAGUGCAGGGUGGAGGUGUCGCCGCUCACUUUCCUCACCGCCAGCAGGAAGGGCAUUUGGCUGCGUUUUGAGAGAAGGACACCUGGAUAAGGCAUUAAAGCCUGUGUAAAAUGUGA